CAAACUGAAGUUUACUCUCAAAAGUUCAGGGUCUUUUGUGUUGGUUUCAUGGCUUUCUUCACCAAUAUCACCAUCCUUUUGGUUCUGGCUUGCAUUUCCCAUCAGCUGAUGUUGGGCAGCUGUCAGAAGGGUAAUGGGCGGAGGGGACAAGGUGUGGACAGAGGACAACACAAGGAAAGGUCAGGACUAAAGGCUGGACGCCAACCCAAAACUGUCUCUGCACAGCCCAUUAAGGGAAAACUGGUCACCAAAGAUAAAUCUCAGUGCACGUGGGCUGCGACAGGUGACGAUCUCUACAUCCUCAGCGUCUCUUGCAAGAAGGGGCAUAGGAGCUUCAGCUGUGAAUAUGUUGCCAAACCAUCUCUCUGUCCCCAAUAUACUUCUAAUGUCAAACUUUACUGGAAGCAAAUCGCCAGGGCGCUAAAGAAGCAGAGGAAUCUGUGCCAGGAAAAUAGUGCGCUGAUCAGGGCAGGUAUGUGCAAGAGAGCUGCCAGAGAUGCUCAUUUCAGAUUUCAUAAUGCACAGAGAAAGACGGCCCUGCCUUACCCUCCACCCCCUGCACCCAGACCUGCCAAAUCCUGUCAACCUGGAAACAAGAAGCUGGCAGAGGAGUACUGCGACGACUCCUGGUCGAGCUUUUGCACGUUCUUUUUUACUAUGGUGCAGGAUUAUGAUUGCUGAGGCAGAAAAAAGAGUUGGUUCUCUGUGCUGUCACAUCAAUUCUUAGCUUAUUAUAGACUUUAUACAUGCUUGGUGCUUUGAAAAAGUUUUAUCUAUUCC